AUGAAAUUUCCCGAUUUAUCAAUGUCGAAUCCAAUUCGACUUCGAGAUCUUAUACGACAAAUACGUUCAGCUAAAACAGCAGCAGAAGAACGUGCUGUUGUACAAAAAGAAUGUGCAUAUAUACGUGAUUCAUUUCGUGAUGAAGAUAAUACAUGGAGAUGUCGAAAUGUUGCUAAAUUACUAUAUGUUUCAUUACUUGGUUAUCCAGCACAUUUUGGUCAACUUGAAUGUCUUAAACUUAUUGCAUCAACACGUUUUACAGAUAAACGUAUUGGCUAUCUAGGAGCAAUGUUACUACUUGAUGAACGACAAGAUAUUCAUGUACUCAUUACAAAUUCACUUAAAAAUGAUCUUAAUCAUUCGAAUCAAUAUAUCGCUGGUUUAGCAUUAUGUGCAUUAGGAUCAAUAUGUUCACCUGAAAUGAGUCGAGAUUUAGGUGGUGAAGUUGAAAAAUUAAUGAAAUCAUCAAAUCCAUAUUUAAAGAAAAAAGCUGUUCUUUGUGCUGUUCGUAUCAUAAGAAAAGUUCCUGAACAAUUUGAUGUUUUUCAAAAUUCUAUUCGAAGUUUACUUAGUGAAAAAAAUCAUGGUGUUCUUCUAACUGCCACCGCUCUUAUUAUUGAAAUGUGUAAACAAAAUAGUCAAGCAUUACAAAUCUUUCGAAAAUUAGUACCAAAUCUUGUUCGUAUUCUUAAAAAUUUAAUUAUGUCAGGUUAUAGUCCUGAACAUGAUGUAUCAGGAAUAAGUGAUCCAUUUUUACAAGUACAUCUUUUACGUUUAAUGCGUAUAUUAGGCCGAAAUGAUAUCGAAGCAAGUGAAACAAUGAAUGAUAUUUUAGCACAAGUAUCAACAAAUACAGAGAAUAGCAAAAAUGUUGGAAAUGCUAUUUUAUAUGAGACAGUUUUAACUAUAAUGGAUAUUAAAUCAGAAUCGGGUUUAAGAGUAUUAGCUGUGAAUAUUUUAGGAAGAUUUUUACUUAAUAAUGAUAAAAAUAUUCGUUAUGUUGCAUUAAAUACACUUUUACGUGUUGUACAUGCUGAUCAUAAUGCUGUACAAAGACAUCGAGCAACAAUUGUGGAAUGUCUUAAGGAUGCUGAUGUAUCUAUUAAACGACGUGCAAUGGAGUUAUGUUUUGCAUUAAUUAAUUCAAAUAAUAUUCGAACAAUGAUUACUGAAAUGUUAACAUUUCUUGGAACAUGUGAACCAGAAUUUAAAGCUGAUUGCACAUCAAAUAUGUUUUUAGCUAUGGAACGUUUUUCACCAUCGAAACGAUGGCAUGUUGAUCAAAUGAUUAAAGUUCUUACGACAGCAGGCAAUAGUGUUCGUGAUGAUAUUGUAUCAAGUUUAAUUGGUAUUAUAUCAUCCGCACCGGAUUUACAUGGUUAUACCGCUUAUCAAUUAUUUAAGAUUAUUCGUAAUGAUAUAACUCAACAACCACUUGUUCAAGUUGCAUUGUGGACAUUAGGUGAAUUUGGUGAUUUAUUUGUUAGUGAACAAUAUCAACAUACGGAUGAUCAGGAAAAUAUUCAAGUUAGCGAAGAAGAAAUCGUUAAUAUAUUAGAAAAGAUUUUAAAUUGGUCAAUAAGUACAGUUAUUACACGUGAAUAUGCUAUAAAUGCAUUAAUGAAAUUAAGUACACGAUUUCCUAGUUGUUCAGACCAAAUACAAUCUGUUAUGACUGUUUAUGCAUGCAAUAUGAAUUUAGAAUUACAAACACGUGCUGUUGAAUACACAGCACUUUUUACUAAACAUAAUCCAAUUAGGUCAAGUAUUGUUCAACGUAUGCCUGUUCUUGUUAGUACUCAAACAUCAAAUACAAAUAAUGAAGAGACGACAUAUGAACAAGAGGAUUCAUCUUCAACUAAUGGAAUUAGUUCUGUUACACAAAAUGAACCUGUGGAAGAUUUAUUUAAGAUUCUUGAUGAACCUUCUCACACGAAUGGUAGCAAUAAUUUAAAUUCUCAUAAUAAUAUAUUUGAUUUAUUAAAUUCUGAUGACCAACAAAUUAAUACAUCAUCAACUCCACUUGAAGAUAUACUGUUUGAUGAUAAUUUACCAAAGAGUCAAUCAAAUAAUAAUUUCACUUCAUCUAUUCCAUCAAUGAAUGUUAUUGAUAAAAAUGGUUUAUGUGUUACUUUUCAAUUUGAAAAACAAGAUCAACUUUUAUUAAUUCAUUUACAAGCAACAAAUUCAACACAAACACCAAUAAAAAAUUUUACUUUUAAAGCUGCCGUACCAAAAACAUUUAGUCUUGAAUUACUUCCGCCAACUAGUACAACAAUUCCAUCAAAUAAUACAGGAGAUAUUCGUCAAAUAAUAAAAAUUUCCAAUCCAAAUAAAGAAAAACUUCGUAUGCGUAUUAAAAUAAACUAUUCAUAUAAUGAUUCUCAAAUGAAUGAUGAAGCGGAAUUAAACUCAUUUCCUCAACAGUGUUAUAAUUGA